GGCGUGCGGCGGCUGGCGGGGUCUGCCCUGAGGGUGGCAGCGCUUUCUUUUUACUCCUCGCCCUCUCCCGAGCCAGGCCGCUUUGGACUCGUCUGGACUAAGGCUGUUGUCCAGGUUUGUCGUCUUGGUCAUCUUCCCGAAGAAAAGGAGCUCUCGGUGCUGCAAGUUGAUUGACUAAAAUUAAGAACAUGGAAUAUAAUACAGAUGCAGUUGCUUGAACAUGUUUCUUCCAAAGCAUAUAUUCUGCAGAUUGGCAGCCUGAAUGAUUGAUUGAUUGAUAAGCAGCAUAUACAAGACUAAUACCAAGAAAAAAUUUUAUCUGUUGCUGCUGUGUUUGAUGAAACUGGUGCAGAGUCACGUCUUCUGAAAUGCAGCUGAAAAAAAUGAGGGAAAUAUUACCAAGAUUGUACCCUGGCCAAGUUAAUGAUAGGAAUAAUUCCCUAACUACACCCCGAAAGCAAUCUUCUGAGGAUAAAACAAAUCCAUCAAAUGGGGAGGAUGACCAAAACUGUUGUUACCAAGGAACUGAGGCUGAGAACAAUAAAUUGUCACUGAUAAGCUGUCUAAAAUGCAGAAGUGUUCAGAAAAUUUCAGUGCAAGAUAUAGAGAAGCAUAAGAAGAUUGGGUGGACUGAAGACAAAAAUUUCAUCUGCAAGAAGUGUAGUCAUAUUACACCACCAGCUUUCCAUUUUGUUCCCACAGGUGCCAAUGCUGCAGACUUUAAAGAACAUGAAAGGAAAACCCCAAGUAAACCCCAGAAAACAUUUAAAGUAAAAAAUUUUCUACCAGGUAAAUACUACUGUGAUAAAUGUAGAUUUUCAACAAAGGAUCCUUUACAGUAUAAGAAACAUGUAGGGCAACAUGAAGAAAUUAAGUUUCUUUGUUCCCACUGUAGUUAUGUAUCCUACACCAAAGGAGAAUUCCAGAGACAUUUGGUGAAACACACUGGAACUUUCCCGUAUCAGUGUGAAUACUGUGAAUAUGGUGCUGUUAGACAUGACUAUAUAGUGAAACAUACGAGAAGAGUACAUGAAACACCCACAAAACGGCUGUCAAAUACUCUCAUAAAACACAAGCAAAAGAAGCCGAGUCAAAGCACUUUAUGUAAAAAGCAGAAAUACAAUAAAAUUCCUUUUCAGAAUGAAUUUUCGAAUUUGUCUUCAAAUAUGGUUUGUGAGAUUCCAGGUAAAGCAACUAAAACAGUCUGUUCAUCUCAUAAUGUAGAAUGUAGUGUGAAUGCAGCGUCAGUCCGGGACAAAACAGUGUUGGAGCCAUCUGAAAUGAGUGUAUGUGAGAAUCAAAGUGUGGAGGUUGAGGUUUAUUCUCCAAAAACAGAGCCUUUACAGCCUGGGAUGCCUUUAACAGUAAUUGCGCCGUCUGAACUUGUAGUUCCUUCUAACUGUUUAGCUCAGAUAGUAGAGAUUAAAAUAGUGAAUGGAGCACAACAGCUGGUUCUUAAACUAAUUCCUAUGAAAGAAGCAACUUACAAACCUGUGAACUGUGCUGAAGUGGAACUUGAGAGUCAAGGUAUAGAACGAUCUACAGAAGGAAAAAAACCAUCAUCCGUGUCUCAAAAUGACUUAACCAUGGAAGUGAAUGUAGACAAAUCAUCCAGUGUUAGUAACCAGCUUAAUUUGGAUAGUACGUAUGACAAGAAUUCUGAAUCUCUUUGUUCUUCUGAUUCUCAACUCUCAACCUGUAGCUCUGUAUCUAUACAGAGAGAAGAUGCAUCAAAAUUAUGCUUUCAUUUGGUGAAAGGUGUUGAUGUCCAUUCAGGUGUUAUAAAACUUUGUUCUCCUCUGGUAAUGAACAGUACUGAAAAAAAAAGUGAUCUUAAGUCCUCAAGGUGGGAAGUAGAUGGAAAAAGUAAUUUCCAUUGUGAUUUGUAUCAUUAUGAAGAAGCUGAGGAUGUACACCUGCGAAAAUAUGCUUCUAUUUCUGAAGAUAAAGGUUCCAAGAACAUUUCAUUAGAGGCUGCUCAGGAGAGCAGAAAUUAUCCUGCAGUCCUAAAAGAAAAGUAUUCAUUGCCUGUGAAAAGGGAUGACAAAGAAUGUAAGAGUCUGCCAGUCAGCUCUACAGAAGCACAUUUAGCUGGUAUGGGUUUUGAUAAAAAAUGUGUUACAUCUUCUGAGGCAGGAAAAAAAUUUCACAUCACUAAAACUCCACCUUUUGAGGAUAUAACUUUUGGCUUUAGCAAAGUAAAGAGAGCUGAAACCGUAAGUCAAAAGAACAGUCGUCUUCUGGAAUCACUAGGACUACAGAAGAUGAAAAAUAAAGGCAGUACUUCUGAAGGACCUGUUAUUUCAUCUGUAUUUUCCCUUAGCUCUGGGGCUGAAAACGUUCCAGAGGAUGUCAGAUGGGUUGACAAAACACGCAGUAAGAAGUCAGCAACAUUGCUGUGUAGAAAGAUUGCUCAGCUCAUGUCUGAAUCUAACAUGAAAUCCCUGCCUUUGAGAUGUCAAGCUUCUCGUAAGAAGGUGCUUUUGCCUCAAGAAAGUUCAGCAAGUUGUGAGAGAGCUGUGUGUGCUACUGAAGUGGAACAACCUGUAACUCAAGAGCAUGGUGGAAACAGUGUGAUUAGUAGCAAAGAACACAGUGAAGAUCGGCUAUUUACAUUUGCAAGAACAUCUAAAAACAGGGUGACUAAAAAUUCCCAUGUUGCUACUCCUGUAUUUAUCCCCAAAGGGACAAUGCUGAGAGUGCUGAAUGCUACUAGCAGUCAAAACUCAGAUGGAAUAGAAAACAGCGGUGAAACAUCAGCUCCUUCUGUGUAUUGCAAUGAAAUGUUUCUGCCUCGCCCGGUCCCUGUUAGUGUUUCUGAGACACUUAGUGAUAAUUUGCCAUGUUUGCCUAAUCAGAGUGAACCAAAUGCCGAGUCCCGAAGUAUAUCGCUCAGGCAAAGACCGAAGCGAGAGGCAAGUGUUAAAAAUAGUAGCAAACAAACUGGUGUACCAUUUCAGAAAAGCAGUGAUAUGAGCAAGCCAAGCAAGCCCUAUUCAAAAAGUCAAAUAAGUCCCAAAAAUAAGGCAAAACAAGCAAGCUUCAGAGAACUUCCUAAGAGGAAAACAAGAACUCAGUUGGAAACCACUUCAAGUUCUGACAUGUCGUACCUGUUGACAGCAAGACGUCUUCGGCUUGUCCCUCUGAAAAUGAAUCAGUUGAUAAAAUGCCCUCGUCGUAACCAGCCAGUUGUGGUACUAAACCAUCCUGAUGUUGAUUCACCGGAGAUAAUUAAUGUCAUGAAGACUAUCAACAAGUAUAAAGGUCAAGUCCUGAAAGUAGUUCUGUCAGAAAGGACAAGUAGUUGUCUUGGUGUCAAACGUUACCGAAAGCGUCUUACUCUUCAGAAUGUUGAGAUAGGAAACCAAACAAAAAAGCAGAGUAUGCUAAAAAUGAAGCUGAAAAAGACCCAUAAAAACAACUACCAGGUGGUGGAAACCUCACCACCUGAAACACUUAGGUGUCUGUUUAAGUGUUGGUUUUGUGGAAGAGUAUAUAUGGACCAAGAAGAAUGGAUAAGUCACGGACAGAGGCACUUAAUAGAGGCAACCAAGGGUUGGGAUGUUCUUUCUCUUCAAGCAAAAAACCAUUAAGUGAGAGACUAGCAGAGAUUUCCCCUCUUGUUUUUAAUGAGUGCCACUAACAUGCUCGGGAUGGAGGAUUGAAAUAACUGCUUUAUUUUGCCGAAAGAUCUCUGCUGUUAGCAAAGUGGAAGAAGAGAGCAGAAUUAGAGAGAGAGAGAGAGAGAAGCCGAUAGCAACGAUUAAGCACUGCUUUGCACUCUCAUGCUUGAAAUUUGUAUUGGAGUUCAAUUUCAUCUGUUCCACGGGAGAAAUUUGAAAAAGAUUUGCUAUGCAAACAUCUUUCUACUUACCCUAGGAUACUGUGCUGUACCUGGUUUGUGCUAGGUCUCUGUGGAUUAAAGUCUUAGAUGGUGAGAUCUUUGUAAAUUUCCCAAAUCUUCGUUCGCGAAGCCUGGCCAUGAUAAUAGGAUUUAGUUUGCUUUAUUACAGCAUGGUGUGUCAGAGAUCGAGCACGUGUAUACUGAAAAGCACCUUUGGUCCUCCGUGGACAGCAAGUGUAUAUCAUAGGUUUUAGUGGCAAACUAAGCACUAUCCAUAAAAAGUAAAAGUUAAAUGCAAGUGCUCUGUUUCAGUGGAGUAAAAACACUUCUGCUGACUUCAGAGGAGAUACAAGGGUGUAAGUGAAAAACUUGUGGAAUCAGUUACUCCCCCCUAGGUCAGAUAGCACUAAUAAGUUUAAUUUUGUUUAGUACUUAGACUUUACUUAGCCUGUAUUGUGUAGAUGUGAAAGAACAGAGCAGUCAGGUGUCUGUAUCAUCAAGCCAGAUAUACUAUCAGGCUUGAGUUGAUAGGAACAAGAAGCACUUCUCUAUGGCCUGUAGGCUGUUCUGAAAUAGUAAUAGCCAAACAUAAACCCUCUACCACCAUGUGUGUGAUAGAAUAUUUACAGAACUCAGCAUUUGGUUAGAACUCUAGUUAGCGAGCUUAUUUACAGAGGAACUUGCUGAAGAUGAAGACUUUUCAAAAUGAAAAGCCACGUUGCACAGUUUUAUUUUGACAGUGUUGAAUCAGAUUUUCAGUGCAAUCUUUCAUCAUUCUUAAGAAUUUAGAUGUUAGAAUAUAUUUUUUGUAAGCCUCAAAUUCAUACAAGCAUGUGCCUAGUUAUAGAUUAUGUCUAACAUGUACCUACUGACUUCAGUGCAGUGUGAACAUUGCUCAGUUUCUUAAACAAAUUUCUAAAUCAGGGCCAAAUUUCAAGUUUUAGUAAAGAAGAGGGAAGAAUGACACUGAAGUCUACUGUUUCCGGACGAAUACUAUAGAUGUUUCUCUUCAUCUUGUCAAUUUUAAAUAAUUUUAGAAUCAUAUAGAAUGAAAUAUAUUGAAGCACAUACAAUUAAAAUAACUUCUUACAGUUUUAGGGAUAAGAAAAUCAAUACUGACUCUAAUGCUGGAUGUGUGUUCUAUGUUUGAACUGGGACUUCUCUUGAAAAACUGGUAGUCCCUGACUCUUUCCACUGUUGGUGCAUUUUUGUAAACAGUUUAAGCUGGGAAUAUUUUUUUAUAUACUCCAGCAGAUUAUACAUUGUUUUGAUAAAGUAUUUGUCAUGUCUGCAUUGAAUUGUAAAUAUUUUAAAACUACAUUUGACUGAGGUUUAUUUUCAAAACCACUUAUUGCUUUCCCAUAAUUUUGCAAUACAGUGUUAAAAUCCUUCAGACAGUUGGUGCUUUAAGUCAGAUCUUUUUUGUCAUGUACACAUUGAAAAUUUUUGUAUCAUUUGUAUCAGACUAACCUAUUCCACAGAACAAACUUCGUUUUGCCUGUUUUGUCAAUAAUAAGGAAAUGACAGUUCUCAUUUUGUAUUCAAAUGGAAUUAUAUUUUUUUAGAUGGGUACACUAGAGGGUUUUUUUUUUUUCACUUCAUAUACUUUGAUGCCAAACCUAACAGUGCUCUUUGCAUUUUCAAUAGUGAGAAUAGUUUCCAUUUUAAAAUUCUGGCAUAUCAUAUACAAUAAAUACUGAAAUGGUUAACAUAAAAAACCCCACAAACUCCUUCAGUCCAGGUUACUGUUUGAAUUAAUUUUGUUUCUGUAGAAGCUACUAAAUAAAUAGUUUUGAAUUUGCUUUGUAA